GUGUUCAGUCAAUGCUCCGUGCUCAGACGAAUUAGAUUUAUAGUGUUCGGAGUUGUGUACAUUGAUUUGAAUUUUCAAUGUAAUUGAAGAAACAAAAUAGUUAUCUACUUGAAUUUCAACAAUUUGAAAGAUGGGAGCUGGAUAUACAUGCAUGAAAUAUCUCUUCAUCGUUCUCAAUAUAAUAUUUUUACUCUUUGCUGUUGCUGGAAUUGCAAUCUCAAUAUGGAUGUUUGUCGAUCCGACCAUUCCGUUGCAUUUCACACAGGAAUCAAAGGAUUAUUUAAUUUCAACAAUAAUUCUUCUUCUGGCCUCCAUUAUCCUCCUUAUCUUGUCGAUCUUGGGCAUAUACAGCGUCAGUAGAGAGGUUCGAAAGUCUUUAGUUUUGUCUUUCUGUCUUCUUCUGAUCAUCGUUGUUGCUGAAAUAGCAGCCGGAGUAUGGGGCUACAUUAACAGAGAUAGCUUGGAGUCUCAUAUCCGAGCUUCCGUUAAAUCUACUGUCAGAGAGGAUUACGAUAAGGAUGAAAACAUUAGGAAUCUGUUUGAUACAAUUCAAAUGAAGAUGCACUGCUGUGGAGCAGAACUACCCACAGAUUGGAGUCGCGGUAAAGAAUUUAAUAUGGUAAUAUCAGGUAAUCCGAACAAGUACAACAUUCCCGAAAGCUGCUGCAAGACUGGCUUGGAACCUCAGAAAUGUACCAAGGCCACCCAAGGAGUCGAAAUUGGUGCUGACCUCGAUAAAAAUGUCAUUUACGAAAACGGCUGCUACACUUUGAUACUCAACAAGCUGAAGGAUAGCGUUUGUAUAAUUAUGAUAGUUGGAGGAGUAAUUCUGGCAGUUCAGAUCCUCGGUUUGUUGUUAGGCCUAAUGUUAGCAUGUUCAAUGAACAGGUCGCAUCGUUACAAAGGUUAAAAAAGGUUGACAGGAUUGGAGAAUAUUAUCUAGUUGUUUUUUGGAAAAGUUUUGUUUUGAAUGGCAGUUCACAAUAGUUUUGUUUCACUAUUUCUUGGGAGUUUGAUUUUAUUGACAGAAUUAUUUUCCACUUACUCUGCUUCCAUUCUUUUUUCAACUGAUUUUUAGAUUUCAGCUCGAAACAACUUUGUCAAGAAAACAACUAGAUAAUUGUUAUAAUUUUAUUAAUCAUUCUUUGACUUACAAAUAUACGUACAAAUAACUUAAACAAAUUGAUAGUUAUGUUUUUAGUUAGACAGAUGCUUUAUUUUCUGAUGAAGUUUAAACCAAAAAUCAUUAUAUAUUCUAUGAAACAUUUUACUAUACUUUAAAGAUGUACACAAAGUUUCUAAAUAUCUUUUUGAUGUAUGUGCCAUAUUUAUAUUUAGAUGCAGGUAAUCCACAAAAAUCGUAUUGAAACUUUCGUGGAACUUGUAUAUUCUUGAUAUUUAGUCGUAACUUUACUCGAAUCUCGAAGGAGUCUCAUUAUUUAGUUUCAUAAAUUAACCAGAAUUAUUUAUUGUUACGGAUGUGUUGAAAAAUUGAAAUUAUUCAUUAAUUUUUACUAAGUACUUCACAUCACUGCAUAAUUCAAUUUAUUUUACUCAUCUUAUUGAUUCGGGAAUCUCAAGAUGCUGAAAAGGGGAAGUCCAACUUUCCCGUUUUCAUCAUUGAUUAAUCAUGACAUGAAAAUUUGACUGAUACUAAUAAUUAAGAAUUAAGUUAUUUCUUUUACUUUGCACUGCCUAUUUUUGAUAUUUCCCAUUUCAUCAUGGACAUGCUCUGUAACUUUUUUAUUCUCUUUUUUUAACUGAAAUGGGUAAUUAGUUAUUUAAUAUUGCAGAGAAUCUUUUCGAAGGUUUUUCAACCAAUGCUUAUAUUUUUUGUUUUUGAAGACUUAAAGCUGAUAGCUUUAUGAUUUCUAUUCCUAUUUGUUUCUUGAUCGAUAUGUGCAUUUCAAGAACUACAAUGUAGGAAUGUGUUUCUGCAGGUUUGCCUCAAACAUAUAGGAUUAUUGAAGUGAUUAUGAAAAUCUACCUAUAACAGGAAGUUAAAUGUAAUUCUACUAUAAUUAUAUGAUUGUCAUCAUCUUGCUGUCAUGUACAAAAUUACAAGCCAAAAUUCAUUUUUUGAAACACCAAGUAUUUUUGUUGAAUUAUUUAAAUUGUUAUUGAAAAACUUUUAAGUGCCGAUCCAAACUUUUCAUUUGUAAUGGGCAUAAUCAACAACAACAUUUGAGGUAAGCAGCUAAUAAAUGUAUACUUAUCAGACUUUACAUGUACGAUAAUAUGAAAAAUUAUUUGCACUUAAACCUUGCCCUUAUUUCAGACUGAUUGAAAUAACGUGCAACGGCCGAUAAGGAAAGAAUGUUAAUGUGAAGUGUAAUUUCGAUGAUACCGUCGGAGACCGAAAAGAACUUCUUGCUGCUAUCAAUUUGUAAUUUUUGUCAUUGUAUUCUGGUUGACAGGCGCUAUAAAUAUAUAUUGAAAAAUACUCAAAAUGGGAUUUGACAGAACAACCCUGUUGUUUGAAAAAUAACUAAAUUUUUAUUAAAAAUACAACCAAAUCUCAAGGGUUAACCCUGCAGAAACAUAUUCAUCUGUUGAUAAUUGAAUUCUAAAUACUUUAAUGUUGAUUGUAAAACAAAUUAUUAGAAUUCUCACAAUGGGAUCUCGUGCUGUAAAAAAUGGAUUCAAAAUAUAUAUGUCUGAAUAUUGAGAUCAAUGAGUAACCUGUCUUAUUUCUAGUCUUCUUCCACCCUAGUCUAUUCUAAUUGCUCAUUUCAGUGAAUUGCAAAAUUGAACUAAGUUUGUAUCUUUCUACCUUAUACAUCACUGUGCAUGAACAAUGUUUAGCUUUACAGAAUACAUGUAAAAGUAGUUAUAGUAUUGCAGUAAAUCGACACAUAGAUGUCCAACAAAAAAAACGCACUAUAGAUUACUGAUAAUUCCCUGACAAAAUAUGUUGUAGGCUUUGAUGACAUAUUUUAUCAGUUCUCGAGACUUAUGUAGAUGUGCCAACUUAGAGAAAACGUUAAGUAAAUCAUAUCAUGAAAGUAAGCAUUGCAUCACUGUUUCCCCAGAAAUGUUGAGAUGUGAGAUAGUCGGAGAGUGGGUUUUUUUCAAAGUUUUUCAAGUAUAUGA